GAUUUGCCAAGUUUAUUUCCAAAACCCAAUCCCAAAAAUUUCCCCGUCUCUCUCUCUCUCUCUCUCUCUCAGAGGAAUCGCCCAAGCCCCCGAGAUCUGCCGUCGCCAUCAUCUGAAGAGGGAAACAAGCUUUUUGCAGGCAUAAGGAAAUAGGAAAUUCUGAUGGCUAUGGUUGAUGAACCCCUUUAUCCAAUUGCAAUUCUCAUAGAUGAGUUGAAAAAUGAUGACAUACAAUUGCGAUUAAACUCCAUAAAGAGGCUUCCUACUAUUUCACGGGCACUUGGCGAAGAAAGAACAAGAAAAGAGUUAAUACCUUUUCUUAGCGAGAACAAUGACGAUGAUGAUGAGGUUCUGCUUGCAAUGGCAGAGCAGUUGGGUGUAUUUAUCCCAUAUGUCGGAGGCGUGGAACAUGCUCAUGUUUUGCUUCAGCCCUUGGAAACACUAUGCUCGGUAGAGGAAACUUGUGUUAGGGACAAGGCUGUUGAAUCAUUGUGUCAAAUUGGAGGACAGAUGAAAGCGAGUCAUAUUGUGGACUGCUUCAUCCCUUUAUUAAAGAGACUAGCAGCUGGUGAGUGGUUUACAGCUCGAGUUUCUUCAUGCGGACUGUUCCAUAUUGCCUAUCCAAGUGCGCUGGAUCCUUUGAAAGCAGAACUAAGGUCUAUAUAUGGUCAGUUGUGUCAAGAUGACAUGCCUAUGGUGAGAAGGUCUGCGGCAACUAACCUGGGAAAGUUUGCAGCUAAAAUUGAACAAAGUUAUUUGAAGACAGACAUCAUGUCUUUGUUUGAGGAUCUAACUCGUGAUGAUCAAGAUUCUGUACGUCUGUUGGCUGUUGAGGGUUGUGCAGCGCUAGGGAAGUUGUUGGAACCCCAGGACUGCAUUGCACAUAUACUUCCAGUUAUUGUUAAUUUCUCACAGGAUAAAUCCUGGCGUGUUCGUUAUAUGGUUGCAAAUCAGUUGUAUGAGCUUUGUGAAGCUGUUGGGUCAGAGCCUACCAGGGCGGACUUGGUGCCAGCAUAUGUUCGGCUACUUCGUGAUAACGAGGCUGAAGUACGCAUUGCUGCUGCCGGGAAGGUGACAAAGUUUUGCCAGAUCUUGGACCCACAACUUGCAAUUCAGCAAAUCCUUCCUUGUGUAAAGGAACUGUCAUCAGACUCAUCACAGCACGUUCGAUCAGCUCUGGCCUCGGUAAUCAUGGGUAUGGCUCCCGUCCUGGGAAAGGAUGCAACUCUUGAGCUACUCCUUCCCACGUUUUUGUCUCUGCUAAAGGAUGAAUUUCCUGAUGUUCGGUUAAAUAUUAUCAGCAAAUUAGAUCAAGUUAAUCAGGUGAUAGGAAUCGAUCUGCUGUCUCAAUCAUUGCUACCAGCAAUUGUGGAGCUUGCAGAAGAUAGGCAUUGGCGUGUCCGGCUUGCCAUAAUUGAAUACAUUCCUUUGUUGGCCAACCAGUUAGGUGUUGGGUUUUUCGAUGAUAAACUUGGUGCCCUUUGCAUUCAGUGGCUAGAAGAUAAGGUUUAUUCAAUUCGAGAUGCAGCUGCCACUAAUUUAAAGCGUCUUGCAGAAGAAUGUGGUGUGGAAUGGGCCCUGCAGCAUAUAAUUCCACAGGUGGUGGACAAGAUCAACAGUCCACAUUAUCUAUAUCGCAUGACCAUUCUUCAUGCAAUUUCCCUGCUAGCCCCAGUCAUGGGUGCAGAAAUCACUUGCGAAAAACUGUUACCUGUGAUUGUUGCUGCCUCCAAAGACAGGGUGCCAAACAUAAAAUUUAAUGUGGCAAAGGUGUUGCAGUCUCUUGUGCCUGUAGUUGACCAUUCUAGAGUGCAGGUGGUGGAGAAGACAAUUCGGCCAUGUCUAACUGAGUUGAAUGAGGACCCAGAUGUUGAUGUCAGGUAUUUUGCCGGAACGGCACUAGAGGCAUGCGAUCAGGUCAUGGUUUCUUGAGCCCUGUAGUAUUUUGUCAAGUUGCAUUGUUGACAAGGAGUUCUGCAUCCUCAACUCUUUACUGAGUUCAGUGAUGAACAGAAGAAGUUAGUUUGUUCCUUUUGUUAUGUUUGGCAAUGGUUGGUAAUUUAUUUCCUGAUAACUGAACACUAUUUUUGGAAUUUAAAGAGUUUUUUUUACACA